CAUAUGUGAGCCAGGGGUAGGGAGUGACCGCGGCGAGCACAGCCCGCCCUCUUCCGCUGCGGCCAGGGGAAUGGAAACAUCUGUCCCACGUGCCGGAAGCCAGGUUGCGGCGAAAACGGCACGCCACUCCGUGUCCUACAGCGCUGAGCCUCCGCGGGUGUCAUCGCGAGACGAGAUCGCUGAAAUGGCCGCGUCCAGUCAAGGAAAUUUUGACUCACUGGACCUUGCAGAACUUGCUAAGAAGCAGCCAUGGUGGCGCAAGCUGUUUGGCCAGGAAUCUGGACCCUCAGCUGAAAAGUAUAGUGUGGCAACCCAGCUGUUAAUUGGAGGUGUCACUGGAUGGUGCACGGGUUUCAUAUUCCAGAAAGUUGGAAAGUUGGCUGCAACAGCUGUGGGAGGAGGAUUUUUUCUCCUUCAGCUUGCAAACCAUACUGGAUACAUCAAAGUUGACUGGCAACGAGUAGAGAAGGACAUGAAAAAAGCCAAGGAACAGCUGAAGAUCCGUAAGAGCAACCACUUACCUACGGAGGUGAAAAGCAAAGCUGAGGAGAUGGUGUCGUUCGUGAAGAAGAACGUUCUAGUGACUGGUGGAUUUUUUGGAGGCUUUCUCCUUGGCAUGGCAUCCUAAGGAGGACGGCUCAUUGUUCCUGCUUUUUCUUACUAGCAGCCUCUUCACUCCAUCAUCGGACAUCGAGUCUCCUCUUCCUCCUCCUCUUCUCCUGUGCCUUCCUCCCUGCUGCAGCAUAUCUGAAUGGCUUCUAUAGGCAUCUGUUGGUACAAACUGAUAUGGCCCUACUGUGAGCCUCAUGACAACAACGGAAGAGACAAUAGACAUUAACUCUCCUCCCAGAACACUCCCCAUUUGACUAAUCUGUAGGUCAGCAACAAUGUUCCUUUCCCCCUACAUAAGAUACUUACUAGAACAUACUGCAAGAUGGCUCACCUUGGAGGAUGAGUGGAUCCUCAAAGGUUGUCCCAAACGAUUUGGAAAAGGCAUAACAAGCACAUAAGUACCAUGUUAUGUGCUGCAUGGAAAGGGACUGAAUACAUUUGCCUUUAAGCAUGAAAGAUUUUGGUAUCUUGGUGUCUGCUUUCUUUUUUAGUUGGUUUUAGAUUACAGAAAAAGAGGUAUUUAUACCUGAUAAAUUAUCCUGACAAAAUAGUGGCAUAAGCACUAUAAUUGAAAAAUUAUGAAUAUAGAAUGAACUUGUGCUAAAAGUAUACUGUGUUUGGUGGGAAAAUUUUCAGGGAAAUCAACCAAUAGAUACAUUGUUGGAUAGUCAGACUUAAUGAAUCAUUUAGGGGCAUUAAGAUAUUAUCCAAGAGGUGGGGGCUUCCACCAUACAGGAUAAUGGAGCUCGUGGCUAUUUCCAAGGGGUUUAUUUAUGGUAAAAUAAGUGACUUUAGGUGGGAGGAGGGAAGAAACUCUUUGAUUUUUAUUUCAUAAAAAAGGUUUUAAGCUUCGAAAUGUGAAGUAUUCUUGUCAAAACAUUAGGGGUAGUCAAAGCUCCUCUGCCAAUUCUAUUUCUUUAUCCAGUUAGUAUAAAAUAUGUAACAUUUGAACCAGAGUUUUAAAGAGAUAGCAUUUUAGGUAUUCAGAAUUGAGAAUGGUGGCAAUAGCACAUAUAAAAUAAAUUAUUUAUAUCAUGAAA